AAACCCGAGUGUAUAAUUAACCAUAGUAAAACCGAAUGUACCAUUAACCAUAGUAAACCCGAGUGUAUAAAACCCGAUAUAAAAAGCAAACACGGUAAUUACUAAUUAGGACACGAACUUCGAAAACCUUCACCUACACACUCCCUCAGUCCACAGUUUAAAACCCCCCAAACAGCCGCUCCCUUUUCUCUCUCCUCCACACUUCCAUGGCCUCCUCUUCAAAACUCACCAAAAAUGACAUUCUCUCUCCUCCACAACCGCCGCCACCUCCACACCAUCCGCCAUUGAAGAAACCUUCGGACGCCAUUAACAAGAAACGAAAGCUUCACACCUCAAUCACCUCCGAUAACUCCGACAUUCUCUCUCCUUCAAUGGACGACCUCGCUCUCUCCAAAUCCUCCCACCUUACUCACCAGGAACUCCUCCGCCGUCGUCUCCACGGUGUACGUCGACUCUCCGGCGUUUACAGAGACCAUUACUGGGCUUUAAUGGAGGAUCUUAGGGUUCAUUACAGGGAGUACUACUGGAAGUACGGCAUUAGUCCUUGCAAAGAGGAGGAUGAGAGAGAAAGUGGUGGUGGUGAUCGGGAAUUUGCCGGGUUCAAUGCCGAGGGUUGUGGCGAAUCCAACAAUAUGAAUAAUAAUGUUAUUAAUAGUAGUAGUGUUACGAAUAAUCAUAGCAAUUGCCCGGUUUCAGGGACCGGUGGCGGGAAAUUAGGGUUAGGGUUUGGGGGUGAGAGUGGGGCUGAAUUUAAGGUGACUGGAAAUAACCGGUGUGCGUAUGUUACGUGUAGGUUGAAGGCUAUGGCUUUGACUAGCUUUUGCUAUUUGCAUAUAUUGUCUGAUCCUCAGCAGAAUCUUUACAAGGCUUGCAACUAUAUUAUUAAGAUUGCACAGCAAGGACCAAUACUAUGUGGGAGGCCAAUACUGAAAUCUACCGUUCCCUCACUGUGUAACAUCCACUUUCCAAAGGCUCAGAAAGAUGUUAAACAUGCCUUGAAGAAAGCAGGUUUAAAUGUAUCAUCAUCUAGUAAACUUGCUCCCAAGUUCCAUGUUAUCAUAGCUGAGUAUGUUAACCUUAUACAAUCAAAAAGAAGGGCUGCUCAGAAGCAUAAUGGCAAGAGUGUCGUCGUUAAAGAAGAAUCUGCAUGCUGAACUCACGCUGUAGAUCUCAGUUGAGUAAAGAUUUUGAUUUGAAUACCCAAUCUUAUCUUGAGGAGACAUGCCAUCUUGCUAUAAGGAACAUUGGCAUACUCGAGGUACUCUAGGGUUUUCUCAAUCUUUGUUCCUGAGAUCUACCUGGGUUUCUUCUUUUGCCCGAGAAUUGCUGCUUGUUACCUGUGCCUGACAUGCCUUGAGAACAUUUAUACAAGUUAGCCUUGCAUAGUUUUGCUGACAAUGUUUAUUAUGUGAGGAUUUACCUUGUUUAUGUUCUAAUCUUGUUGUUUAGACCUACAGUUUGUAAAUAUGUAAGUUUAUUGACUGUUGUAUGUAGAGUUAAGUUUACAUUUUGCGAAAGAAUUAGAUAUAUCUAGUCAGAUCCUGUAGAGUUUAGCUAAAAUAAUUAGUUUUUUUUUUUUUUUCCUUCCUUUUUUUUAUGCAGUCCACUUGAUUAAUGUUUGUUGGUUAUAACUAUAUCUGUCAAUUCGGGUCGGGUUUGGGUCAAAUUUUGGGUUUUUUAGGUCAUUUGGUUCAAGUGGUUUGGAUUGCUUGGAUCAUUACAAAUUAUGAUAAAUAGGUCAAAUCUGGUCUGUUUUAGGUCAUUGAGGUCGGGUUGGGUUCAGGUUCUCUCUCAGUAAAACAGGUUUGGAAUCGGGUCGGGUUGGGUUGGGUUGGGAAUUGACAGGUCUAGUUAUAGCUCUUGCUUGGUUAGGCCUUUUAGGGAUCCUUUAUUCCUUUUGUCUUUGUUACCAAUAAGUGCUUCAAAAGUCUUGAGAUUUCCUUGGUCUCUCCUAUCAGCUAUUGCUUCAAUUUAAGUUUAGGGAUUUUGGAUCUAAAUCUAGAUCUUAAGAAACAGGAUGGUAUGCGCUGCGUGGUUUGGAGGAGACAACAGAUCUAGGGAUUUUUAACAUAAACCUAGGCUGGAUGGUUUGAGUUGAGGGUAACUGUGUAAGGAUGCAGCGUACAGUCUUUGAUGAGAGAAAAUGUAUAGGGAGGUAGAUUAAUUGAACUCAGAUUUUGACUGUUAUAUUAGAUGUAUAUCUUUGCCUCCCCGGUGUUUAGCUAUAUUUCUUCAUUUUGUUCCGGGUGGGGGUUUUAUACUCUCUUGUUUUUGUUUCAGGUGGGGGUUUUAAAAAAAGGAAAUAAUGAGGGUGCCAAGAAAUGGUUCCAACUUAUUGCCCUGACGCCUUCAGGUUUAUAGUACAUAACUCUUUUGCCUUUUUUCUGUAAUAAUUCAUUGUAAGAUAACACAUUCCGACAUUACUUGAUCGCUUUUAUGACCAACCUAGCCUGGAUCUUAUUGUAUAAAUUUCUGUCUUUCUGAGUUGUUUUGUCACUUAAUUCUUA